AUGGAGAAAAGACGUGUUCUUUUGGCUUCUGCUUGUUUCUUCGGAAUCGUCGGGUUUUACCUUGCUUUCGGGAUCGCCCAGGAAGCGGUGACAAAAGUUCCGUUUGACGGAGAAAGCUGGAAGUUUAUGCUGACUCUGACCUGGCUUACUUGCUGUAUAAAUGCUAUUAUAACGAAUAUUAUCCUCUCGAUUUGCAAAAGAAAAUGUCACGUGUUCAAAACUUCGAAGAAUUAUUUAGCGACUUCUGUGAGCAACGCAGCAGCCAUUUUAUGCACGAAUAAAUCGCUCCAAUAUGUAAGCUAUCCAGCUCAAGUUCUGGGAAAAAGCUGUCGGCCAAUUCCCGUCAUUAUUUUCGGCGCUUUGAUUGCAAAGAAAUUCCACUCGAUUUGGAAAUGGAUUUCUGUCAUUUUGAUCACCAUCGGAAUUUCGCUGUUUAUCUACGAUGAAGACUCGAAUGUGGAGAAAGAAGAAAAGAAAGGAGUUUAUUUUGGGGACUUGCUUUUGGCGAUUUCGUUAGUUUUUGAUGGUGUGACUUCUGCUUUUCAGGAGAAGAUCAGGAAUGAUUUGAAGGAUGAACCAAAGACGAAUUUAAGCCCGAUCGAACUGAUGAACACCCUUAAUUCCUGGGCUGCAAUAAUUUCUUUCCCCUUUACUUUCAUCCAGCUCGAAAUUAUUCUGGCUUUUAAAUUCAUGGCGGCUCAUCAUGGCGUCAUUUGGAAGAUUUGUGUCAUGGCUGUUUGCUCGUGUCUUGGGCAAAUGUUUAUUUUUCUCUGCGUCGUCGAAUUCGGCACCUUGACAACUUCAAUAAUCACAACCUUGCGAAAAUUCUUCACGCUUCUCGGUUCAGCCCUGAUUUUCGGCGAUUCCUUCGAUUUGAAAAAGAAAAUCGGCGCCGGAAUCGUCAUGGCUGGAAUUUGCCUCGACUUGUUUUUCAAAAAACGCGAAAGUUCGAAAAAUCAAGUUUCGGCGGAAAUGCAGCCGCUGGUGCUUGAAAGCGAAGAGGAAGAAGAUGAAAAUAUGAUUUUUAAUAUGGAAAAGACUUUUUCGCUGGAUAGCUUGCGAAAAUCAAGUAUUUAG